AUGACGGUUUUGUUGCCCACAAGACGUCUUGACGACACAGUUGCUUGUUUGCAGAAACUAGUGAAGAGUUUUCCUAAAGUGACGGCCAGAGAGUUGGCAAGAGUGGUCGGAAAGAUUAUGUCAAUGUCACCAGUAAUGGAAAAAACAAGGUAUUUACACAUACCGACAAAGAAAAGUGUCAUCAUUUACUCCGAUGCCAGUAGUCUAGCGUCAGGAGCUUACACUGUUGAAGUUGAUUCAAAAAUUUUUCACUUAAUGUGGAAAGAGUUUGAGAAGGGUAUGAGCUCUACUUGGAGAGAGCUUCGAGCGAUUGAAUUAGCUUUAGCUUCAUUUAAAGAUAGUUUAGUGAAUAAAGAAGUAAAAUGGUUCACUGAUAAUCAGAGCUGUGUAAAAAUUGUUCAGUCUGGCAAUAUAUUUAAAACGGGACGGUGGUCAGAUAGUGCAAGGAUCGAAGAUCAGCGGUUACAGCAACUAAGGGACCUUUUACCAACAUACUGCCUUAAAUCAAGAGCAGGGAAUACAUUAAGUCAAUACAGGUACGCAUUCAAUGCUUUCUGUCGAUGGUGCGGCGCUUUUCUGUCUUCUAUUUCUGCAUUACCCGCAACGGAUGAACAUGUGGCUCUAUAUAUAAUCUCUAUCGCUAAAGAUUGCAAAUCAUCAAGCAAAAUUCAAUUAGCUACACAUUCCAUAAGCUGGGCCCAUCAGCUAGCAGGAUUAAAAGAUCCAUGUGAAUCUGCUUUAGUGAAAUUAACAAAGGAGGGUGCAAUAAGAGAGACUUCCAAGCCUGUUGUGAAAAAGGAACCAAUCACACCAGAUCAUUUGAAAUUAUCGGUUCAGAGAUACAAAUCGAAUAAUUUAUAUAAUAUGCGUACUUUAUGUUUGUGUUUGUUAGGUUUCGCAGGGUUCCUCAGAUUUUCGGAGCUCGCAAAUAUUAGACUUAAUGAUAUAUCAUUUGAUGAUGUGUGUAUGAAAAUUAACAUUGUCAAAAGUAAAACGGAUAUUUAUAAGGAAGGUCACGAGUUGUGUAUUGCUAGAACUCAUGGUGAUACUUGUCCUGUACAUAUGUUAGAAGAAUAUAUAAAAUUGUUAGAUGCUGAAGUUGAUUCAUCAGAAUAUUUAUUCAGAUCUUUGACGUUCUGUAAAAAUACAAAUACAUAUAAAGUUAGAAGAGAUAAUCGGCCUUUGUCUUAUACUAGAACACGAGAAAUUGUUUUAGAUGCUUUUGGAGAAAUAGGGUUAGAUAAGAGUAAAUUUGGUCUUCAUAGCCUACGGUCAGGCGGGGCCACUUCCGCUGCAGCGGCUGGUAUUAGUGAUAGAUUGUUUAAAAAGCAUGGGCGGUGGAGGUCAGAAAAAGCUAAAGACGGCUAUGUGAAAGAAAAUAUUCAGGAAAAAUUAUUUGUAACCCAAAACUUAGUAAUAUUAUCAGCAAUGCUAAACAUUUGUAUCUCCUACCCACUGAGUCAGUUCUAUAGUUUUGGUCUAGCUGCCGGAGACAACGAAUUGCCUGCAAAUGACGAUGACUCCACUUCUAGUAUUCCUAUAGCUGUGUCAUUUCCUUUCUUUGGGUCAUCAUAUAAUUCAAUUUACGUUAAUAACAACGGGGACACUACGUUUGAGACUCCAUUAAGACAGUAUACUUCACAGCCCUUUCCAAUAAGUGGAAGUCAUAGAAUCAUAGCACCAUUUUGGACUGAUAUAGACACAAGCAAAGGAGGUAAAUUAUGGUAUCGCACAACCACAGACUCCACGAUAUUACAAAGAGGGACGACUAAAAUCAACUCUCUCUUUCCUGACAUUUUAACUUUCACUGCCACGUGGAUGAUGAUAAUUACAUGGGAAGAUGUAGCUGCGUAUAGCUGUUCUCCCACCGGAACAAUAAAUUGUCAACAGAGGAACACAUUUCAACUUGUUUUAAUCAACAAUGGUGUUCAUUCAUUUGUUGUAUUUAAUUACAACAAAAUCACUUGGACAAAAUCUGCUCAGGUCGGGUUUAAUGCUGGUGAUGGAGAGAAUUAUUAUGCCGUUCCCGGGUCAAUGACAGACGCUGUGUUAAAUCUUCCUCAGAUGUCUAAUAUUGGAAUUCCUGGACAGUUUGUAUUUAGAGUAGAUCAAGCUAAAAUUACUAAUGCAGAUAUCAUCGACGAAUGUGCCAGUUCUCCCUGUGUUCAUGGAAAUUGUUUAAAUGAAUACCUGUAUUAUGAAUGUAUCUGUGACCCUGGUUACACGGGUGUAAACUGUGAAAAUGAAAUUGAUGAAUGCCAAAGCUCGCCAUGUAUUCAUGGAAACUGUUCUGACCAUCUUGAUCAUUAUACUUGCCAUUGUCAGGAUGGAUAUACAGGAAUAAACUGUCAGACAGAUAUUAACGAGUGUGCUAGUUCUCCUUGUGUUUAUGGUAACUGUACGGAUCAUAUCAAUGGGUACAUGUGUAAUUGCAUGCCGGGAUAUUCUGGAAUCCAUUGUGAAGUAGAUAUCAAUGAAUGCCAAAGUUCACCCUGUGUCCAUGGAAACUGCUCUGACCAUGUAAAUCACUACACAUGCCAGUGUUAUGCAGGGUAUACCGGAACCAAUUGUCAGAUAGACAUUGACGAAUGCGCCAGUUCUCCCUGCAUACACGGUAAUUGUACUGACCAAGUCAAUGGAUACACCUGUGAGUGUAUACCUGGUUAUACCGGAGUCAUCUGUGAGACAGAAAUUGACGAGUGUUCAAGCUCACCAUGUCAGCAUGGAUUAUGCAUUGAUGAAAUUAAUAACUACAUUUGUGUUUGUGAUACGGCAUAUUAUGGGAGAGAUUGUUCACAUUUUAACAUCUCCUAUCUAAUACCAUUAUUGGUAGGAUUACUGCUGUUGGUAUUUGCCAUGGUUCUGCUACUUCUGUGGAAAAGAACCAAAAGAGACAGUGAAGGUGAGAUGAACGGAGUCAUUUACUUUAGUGAUACACCGUUAGGGCCUAGUAAGACAUCGUUCAGAAAACAGACACAAAGUUUCUCUACUUAUUUUAAUUUCUUAGGAUUUAUAAAUCAGUUAUGGCAAAGAAUCACAAAUUUGACUAAACCGAGAGGAAAAAUUAAUGCAAUUUCGAGCAAUACUCCAGAAAACAAACAACGUUUCACGGAUAAUUCAGCAUUUCAGGCCAGCAAAAUUCAUUAUAUGCAUGAAGAUUUGCCAAAGAGUUUUAAUGUUUGUGAAAUAGAUGACACAAAACAUUAA